AUGCAAUUAGGAUUGUCAGAGCCCCUCGCUGGGCUCGUUGCCCGCCGGUUCGUAGCUGCCAAAGAGGGGAACCAUCUCGUUUUCUCCUCAACUCACCUGUCAAUCAUCACCGCGGCCGGGAUCCCCUAUCAACUUCGCUACUGUCCAGCCCUAGCAAAGAAGCCCAUCAACCUCCAACCCGCUGAAUCUGGCCCCAAAGCACCGAAACCAGAUCCGUUCGAGAAUCCAUCGCCAGACCUCCUGCUCGCUCAUUUCCCUCCAACUAAUCCCACCCACGCCCUCGUUUUAAACAAAUUCCCCGUUAUUCCAAAUCAUUUCAUCCUCGCCACCCAAGACUGGAAGGCGCAGACAGACCUCCUCGAGCCGGCCGACCUCGAAGCGACGUACGAAUGCCUGCGUGCCUGGGCGACCUCUCCUUCCUCCUCGUCUAGCUCUUCUAGCCCCAACAAGUCCAUCAAGCCACGCCUUUUCGCCUUCUUCAACUCCGGUGAUGACAGUGGUGCUAGUCAACCCCAUCGCCAUCUCCAAUUCCUCCCCGUCGAGGCCAUGCACCGGCCUGACCCCGAGCACCCGUGGACCCCGCUCAUCGACCACUUCGCCUCCCUCCCACACUCCCCCUCCUCCUUCCAAACCCUCCCCGCUCUGCCUUUCGCACACUUCGCCCUCCCCCUACCCCCCAAUCCCUCCCCGCAAACCCUCUUCGCCAUCUACACCUCCCUCUAUCACGCUGCCGUCGCCGCAGCCCGCGGCCUCGACCCCACCCUCGCAGACUCCGCGGGCCACCCGACCAGCGGCCCUGCCGCGAUAAGUUACAAUCUCGCCAUGACGACUUCGACCAUGCUGAUAUGUCCCCGGCGCCAGGAGAACGCCACUGUGUCGGUCGAUCUAGCCGCGGCCGGCGACGUCGCAGACCCCGGGGUCGUCUCGCUGAAUGGGACUAUUCUGGCGGGGACAUUGAUGGUCAAGGCGGAGGCGGAGUACGAUGCGUUGCGGAACAAGCCAGGCGCCUUGGAGCGUGUACUGCGGGAUGUGGGCUUCCCGAAGGGCGACGAGAGAGGGACGAGUGUGUUGUGA